CGCUUUCUCUCUUCAGGUUCAAUUACAACUGCAGAUGGUUCUGCCCUGGUGAAGUUUGGAAAUACUACAGUGAUUUGUGGAGUUAAAGCGGAACUUGCUACACCCACAGAAGAUUCUGCUAAUAAGGGAUAUAUUGUUCCAAACGUAGAACUACCGUCCCUCUGCUCACCGAGGUUUCGCUCUGGCCCUCCUGGUGAAGAGGCUCAAGCAGCAAGCCAGUUCAUUGCAGAUGUGAUUGAAAAUUCACAGAUAAUAGAAAAAGAAGACUUAUGUAUUGCAAACGGCAAGCUUGUUUGGGUGCUAUACUGUGAUAUUAUAUGUCUGGACUACGAUGGAAACCUUUUGGAUGCCAGUGCCUUCGCUUUGUUGGCAGCAUUAAAAAAUGUACAACUGCCAUCAGUUACUAUAAACGAAGAAACCGGUUUAUCAGAAGUUAAUUUUAAACAGAAGAAUCCUUUGAUGAUUAGAAAGCAUCCAGUUGCCACGUCAUUUGCUGUAUUUGAUGACACACUGCUCAUUGUUGAUCCAAAUGCUGAAGAAGAAGACUUAGCAACUGGAACAGUGACUGUUGUAACUGAUGAAGACGACAGACUCUGUUCUGUCCACAAACCAGGUGGCAGUCCUCUCACAGGAGCCAAGCUUCAGGACUGUAUCACCAGAGCAAUUACAAGACAGAAAGAAGUAAAGAAGCUGAUAGACAAAGUAAUAAAAAGUAUUACGCCCAAGUGAACAAAAGGAGAGAUCUUUUUGAAAAUGGAUUGGUAAAAAUUGUAUUUGUUACAGUGUUCACAAACCUUUCAUACUAAAUAAACAAAUACCAAUACUACAUUUA